AUGGCCACAUAUCUCAAGGAUGCCCUUCCUCUAGGCUCAUCAUUGGGCAAUCCGGAGGAAUACCAACUAUGUGUCCAUAGUGUUUCAACUUUGCAGUAUCUUCAAGGUCGUAUUCCUGACUUGGAUAAAUCCGUUCCUGGGGGUAUCUUUCUUCAACUUUCGACUAAACCUCAGGACCAUGAGAAGGCCCAGCUCGCGCAAGACAUAAAUGCAAACGAAGAGUUUUACCAAGGAAUUUUGCAAUACAAGGCACAAGCAGCUGAGAUCUGGCAUAUGGUUAGGGCCUACGCUGCUGCUCGGGUUGGAGCAGACAGUCUCCCCCCUUGGAGCCCGCAGUCUGACUACUCACUGGUCAUGUUGCGCAACCUCGAGUUCGAGUGUCAGUUUCCACUGAAGUAUCGAUACGCCACUAGCAACUUCGGUGGCAUGAGCUCCGAAACUUUGAACUUGCGAAGAGAUUACUGGGCAUCAUUUUUCAUGACUCAUUUCAUACAUGAGACCACUUAUAUACUGCUCAACCACCCAUUUUUACUGUCGCUACGGCUGAGGAACUUCCGACACAUGCUGCCGCUCACGUUCAUACACAACUCGUUCGAACAUUUAUCCAGAGAGACAGGCUGGGUUAUCUUUUUCCUGAAUGUUCUUGAGAAGCAAAAGUUCCAGCUCAAUGAUCCUGUGAUCGCGCAUUGUGUAGUCAUUGUGGCAACGGUUCACCUUCAACAUAGCUUCGUUGAAGAUAAUGUUCUCAGGAGCAAGGCACAAAGCGGAUACGAGACUUGUUUACGUUUCCUGAAGCAGGCAUCGCCGGUGUGGCCUCGCAUCAUGCGCAUGACCGAGAAGUUACAGCAACUGCGGGAUAGCGUCGCGAUCGACACAACUGUAGGAACCGAACAGGCGGCUAAUACCCAUCAAUCUUGGUCGAUUAAUGCGAACUUAUUAUGGGAGCUUUUGAUUUACGAGAAAGCUGGUUCCCUUGACCCGGAAAUGUCUAUGUUUGACGAUACCAUCACAAUAGAUGACAGGCAGCAACAAGACGUAACUGAAUGUGCUACGGUUGGAUCCGCUGGCCUAUUCGGGCACAGGGCAGCAAGAAAGGAACACUUCGCGUACCCACCACAAGAGGGCAAUAAUGUGUCGCAAUCCACGGCCGUGACAGUAGGUGAGAUAGACGGAGCUGGCUUUCUAUCUGAGCAACCCUUCACGGGACUCGGGGAACUGAACAUGGUAGACCAGCAAGAUUAUUUCCCUUUGCAGGCGGAAGAUUUUGGAAAGGCGAUUAAUGACUGGAUAAGCUUUGAUAUGCCCGAUAUCUCUUAA